GAUAUUAUAAUAAAUUUAUGUUAACAAAAAGAAACAAAAAUCAAGAGUAAGCAAAAAUUUCUCAUAAUUUUGUCGAUUUUAAAUUAAUGCAAUAAUCUAAAGACCCCCUAAAACCACAUUUCCCAAGUAUCCCUAGAAUACUAUGACGUAAAUUGCUCGCGACAGUUAUGUUUCCAUGGCGCCAAUGUAAGCUAAAAACCGUGGCUUGUUUGUGGAUUAGCUAACAUUUUGUUCGUUAUCCGGAUGGUUUUAUUUUAGCCACAGCUUUCACAAUGUCAGAACGACAGAUCACCGAUAAUCUCGAGACACUUUUUUCAUUUGAACUUUUGGUGGAAUAUAUCCGAAUCGAGAAAGUAAAGAAAGCUUCGGGGGAGCUGGCUCUUGGAGUACGACUGCUGGAUUUUCCAACGCUGCUGAUUUAUCAGCCACAACAGAGAAGUGAUGAUAUUAAGCACCAAGAACAAGAUGAAAAUAUUCAAUGGGGAGAUUACACCUUUAACAGAGGCAAGUCUUGUUUCUUCAAAAUGAAUCUGGACUCACUGCAUAGCCAUCUGUGUAACACCCCUCUCUAUGCUAUGGUGUUGGAUGUGAAAGAGGAGAUCCCCAGAUUACUUGGCUCCUCCCUGAUAUCACUGGCUAAAGUGAUGGACAGAAUCAGACAGGAUGUAGCUGAACAUGGUAUUUCAUCUCCCUCUUCACAUGGAGAAAGGGGACUUGUUAGUAUAUGCAGCCUCUCUGGAGAGAAAAUUGGAUCACUUUCCUUGAGUUAUAAAUUGCUAAGUCUGGGGGCUAGUUUACUCCCACAUAUCACAGAUGGCAGGGAUCCUAAACACACCAGACUACAUGAAGGACACCAUGUACAAGAAAGCAUCAAGGAGAAAAGUGUAUCUACAGACUCAUUGUUUCUUGAGUGUGGGGAUGUUCAUUCACCCACACUGGACAAGUCUGAUAUUAGGGACAACAACCAAACCAAUGGACCAACUAAUGCGAAAAUUUUUAUAAAUGAAGAGCCGGGUGGCGAUACUGUGUGUGUUGCCACUGAGUACAGACCAAAAAGCCAAAUCCCUCAAACACUUCAAGAAACAGAAAACAUUUUUGAGGAGGAUUUAACAAUAUUCUGUCCCCCACAUCUUUACUAUAGUAAUUCUGCAGAGGAAAAAAGCAAAAACAAAGGAGGGGAUUACAAAUUUUCCAAACUAGACUCAGAAGCUUUUACAUUUAAAGACUUGUGCUCUGAGGAUGAGACAACUGAAAAUGACAUUGAAGGCCCAAGUUUCACAGUGAUGCACCAGAAAGUGAGACACAGUGCAAAAAUGUCAAGUAACCAAGAAACAAGUGGGGGGAGUCCUAAUGGCCUUGGGGAAGCUUUACAACAUUUGCCUCUAAUAAAUGCUCUGCUUGUUGAACUCUCACAGUUAUAUAACCAGAACCCACACCAGCUAUUGUCUGUUCAUCCAAAUUUAGCUUGGAUUUACAGGCCUGCUUCCACAGAACCUUCAGCUGGGCAUGGAAGCAUACCACAAAGUGCUCAUGCUAAAUCAUUGCAGAAAAGCAUACAGGGGACCAGUCCCCAUUUUAAACAUUCACAUGCCCCUAGAAACUGUUGUACACCAAUAGCUAGGCCUGUGUCUGAAAAAAAGAAAAACAAACAAGAAGAGACUUUGACUGAGAGUAAGAGCUCCAGUAAAUCUCCCAGGAAGAAGUUUGUAUAUGGAACAACAAAAACAUUUAACCUAAGGCUGAAGCAAAUUGCUUCUCUUAAACCAAAACGUUAUGAAUGCAUGGAAAUAAUACAGCAUGAAACACAGUCUAGUAUGGUGAAAGGAAAGACAAAGUCAAGUAAUAAAAUCAUGAAGUGCAACAAAAGGAAAUCAGCAUUAAAUCAGAGCUCCAGUGUCAAUGAAAAUAUUGAGACUAUGAUGCAAAACAUCAAGGUGGACUCUGCGCAACAAGAAGCAGUUACAUUAAAACCGAAAAACAGGUAUGGUAAGCAAGACAGAGACUCUCUGAGAAUAUCAGAACACCCUUCCUUUUCUGAAAGAGACUUGAAAUAUAUUCACAUCCCCACCGUGGAUAGUGACAGCACUGCUAGAAACACAGACGAGGAUGAGCAUCACAGUGAAUUAGAUCAAUCACAGUGUGAAUCUGACAUGCACAGAGCGAAAACUGAAUCUUCUGGGAGUAGCAAACACAGCAGCCCCAAGUCUUCAUUUUCCGACUCCAGCAGGGCAGGAAAUGAGGAAGCAGACUACACCGAUGACUUUAACAGUCUUGAACCCAGUGAUGCCUGCUCUCCUGACCCUCUGAGUAGCCCUGAGCCCUUUAGAGCCAUGACUCCAAAGUUUCCUCCUCACUGCAACUUCAGCAACCCUGACUCCGGCUCUGAGUCUGUCCGAAAGAGAACAGUCCUCCCUGUGCCCAUCAAAGCCCCCAGCUCUCCACAUCGGACUCUGAGGGCCACGUACAUCACCCGACCUCAAGCCUUCAGCUUUUCCUCCAACGAUGGUGACAGAGAAGGGUCAGCUGCCUCACCAACCAUAAGCUCUAGAAAACAGAUAAUAGAAUGCAGCAGAACAGAAAAGUCCUCUGGAGUAGAGAGGUUCAUAUCAUCCAGAGGCGAAAGGAGUGAGUCAAACAAGACCAGCAGACCAGUUCAAGGAUUUUCAGCAGAAUCCGUAUCCUCCUUUGAACCACAGGAGGCAGAGGAAUUGGAGGAUGAUCUUGGAUCUCUGGAUUUCAGAAAGGAGUAUCAACAUAUUUCUGAGCUAGUGGCCACUAAACUUCCUGGUUACACUAUGUAAAGAAAAAAUACAUAAAACCCCACUUUAUAGUCACAUUAGGGAUACACUACACUAUGUCCCUUAACCCAGUGAAACAGAUUAGGAGUAGUGUACUGAACAAAUCAAGAAAAUGUUUAAUGUGUUUUCAUUUCAGCUAUAAUAUCUGACAAUAUUUUUGAAUAAAGACAAGCUUUUGUGGAAGUAAUGUUUUUAAUUUACAUCUUAAUCACCCAGUUAAUACAUUACUGCUGGACAUUUGCAUGAAGUGUUGGGCUAUAAGUCUUUUGGUAGCAUAUAAGAGGAUGGAAAAUCUCUCUUCGUACAUAACUUAUGCAAAUCGUGUGACAUAAGCUCUUGUUUCAAGUAAAAUUGUCACAAACUGAAAAUGUCUCACUACUCCUAAGGUAUCUUCUGGUUGCAGACCAUUUCCUUUAAAUACCACCUGCUAUUUUGCAUUUUACCCUUGCUCUUAUUUUAUACCUAAGCAAAGACAGAUAUUCCAUUUAUUUUAAGACCGGUACAGUGUGUUUUGAAUGAUAAUGCAGUUUAGAUUUUCCUUUCCAUUUUUGAAUUUUAAGCCAU